AUGUGUAUUACUGUGUUUAUGUGGCAAGCACACCCAAUAUACCCCUUUCUUCUUUUGCUCAACAGAGAUGAAUACCAUAACAGGCCAACGAAGCCGGUGGGAUGGUGGGAAGGUAGUAUGAUAUUGGGAGGGAAAGAUGAAGUUGCAGGUGGAACAUGGCUGGCCUGCUCAAGAGAAGGAAAAGUGGCUUUUCUAACAAAUGUAUUGGAGCUUCAUACCCUCCCUGGGGCUAAAAGCAGAGGAGAUCUCCCUAUCCAUUUCCUCGAGAGCGAAAAGAGUCCAAUGGCAUUUGCUGAGGAGUUGAUUAAAGCUGCACAUCUGUAUAAUGGAUUUAAUCUGAUAGUGGCUGAUCUUCCAUCAAAAUCCAUGUUUUAUGUAUCAAACAGACCAAAUGGAGAACCUAUUUCAGUUCAGGAAGUUCGUCCAGGGAUUCAUGUGCUCUCAAAUGCAAAGUUGAACUCUCCUUGGCCAAAGGCUUUGCGCUUGGAACGGAAAUUCAAAAUGCUGCUUGAUCGAUAUGGUGAAGGUGAAAUAUAUGUUAAGGAGAUGGUCGAAAAACUCAUGAAGGACACAGUAAAAGCCGACGAAAGCAAAUUGCCUAAUAUUUGUUCCCUUGACUGGGAGUUCAAUUUAAGCUCCAUCUUUGUUCAAAUAGACACCCCACUGGGUAUGUAUGGCACUAGAAGCACUGCUGCAUUGACUGUAAAUGCAAAUGGUGAAGCCAGUUUUUAUGAGAUUUAUCUUGAGAGGAACAUUUGGAAAGAGAAAACCCAGAAUUUCUACAUUGAGAAGUUGUAA